UCGAGCUUCCGAUGCGUUGUCGAUAUUGAAGACACUAAACAACUGGUGAGCGCUCGGGUCGACGACAAUAGGAUUGUCUGCGCGGAGACCGCUUAUUCCUAUCGGACAGAAUUGGGUUCAAUACAGGCGUCGGUGACAGUGAUGUGGAACGGCGACACAUUUAUCGACAGAGCCAAUGUCACUGUAUAUAAGUGUCAUCUGUUGGGCAGCCAUAACGGAAGGGCCGACUGUUCGCUGUGUCUGACGCUAAACACUGCCUACGAGUGCGGGUUCUGUAACAACCAGUGCUCGUAUAAGCAGUCGUGUCAGGAGCCGGCGUCCAACGUGUGUCCGCCGCCCAGAAUCGAUUGGAUGCACCCCUUGUCCGGACCCAUGAGUGGCGGCACUCUUGUCACCAUUGAAGGCAGUAAUUUGGGCACAGAUUUGGACGAAAUUAGGGAUAAGAUCUCCGUCGGCGGACAGCCGUGUGUCCCACUCAACUAUAGUGUGUCAGUGCGGGUCACCUGCAGGACAAGUCCUGUAUCUCAACCCCUAUUGGCUGAUGUGGUUGUGGGCAAUAAGGCUGGCUUUACGGCAGCCAAAGACAAAUUCCGCUACGAAGUGCCCGAAAUCGUUGGCUCCCAUCCCAACAUCGGUCCCCAUUCGGGCGGCACUCGUAUCUACAUCUCCGGCACAAACCUAAACAUCGGCUCAAAUCUGGAGAUAUAUUUAGAUUACUUUCCGUGUAUUGUCGACAAAAUGCUCGUCAGUUCCACACAAAUCAGUUGCCGAACCACUGCCUCGAAGUCCACCUCAUAUGUGGUGCGGAACCUGAUCGUACGGAUAGACAACACGACACUAACGCUCGCCCGACCCUUCCGUUACGUUCCCGACCCCACAAUCUUACGUAUAUAUCCGCUCAAGAGCUAUAUGGCCGGCGGUCGCACCGUCACCAUCAUUGGCACCAAUUUGGAUGCCAUACAACAGCCCAGACUCGCCGUCUUCAACAGCGACGGCAAUGUUGUCAACGAAAGUGCCUGCGAAGUGACCUCCGGCUCGCAGAUGGUGUGUCCGUCGCCACCAGUGGGCUCGCAGUUGGCCACAGAUGUGCUGAAUCGGGAACAAUUGGACGCCUCAUCGCUGGUCUCUUCGCUGAGCGUCAACGAAAUGUCGGACGACAUUCGUCUGAGGGUUGGCUUUAUUAUGGACGCCGUGAACAGUGUUAAAGAGUUGGCCACAAACUUCCCGACCGUUCACUCAGACCUGGGCUACGUUCCCGACCCGAAGUUCUUCGCCUUCGAUGAGGGCCUCAAACUCUAUAAGGGAGAGUCGCUUGUGAUUGAGGGCGAGUAUCUACGACUGGCCAGCACUGAGUCCGAAGUGAAUGUGACGAUUGGCACCAAAUGGUGUAAUCUCACGUCAUUGGCCGCCACCCAAUUGGUGUGUCUGCCGCCUGAGCUCCAGCCCGACGGCACCGACGAGAUCGGCCGCCGAACGCCCGGCGCUCUGCCACUCGUUGUGGUGAAAGUGGGCUCAAACUUGCGCUACGAAAUCGGUUACCUUCAGUACGAAGUGGUCAAGUCUACGGAACUGCCGCCCAUUGCCAUUGUGGUGAUCACAGUGUCGUCGGUGGCGCUCAUCCUCUUUGUGUUGAUAUCGUUGGCAAUCAUGAGACACAAGUCAUCGCAAGCGGAGCGCGAAUACAAGCGGAUUCAGAUGCAAAUGGAUACUCUCGAGAACAGCGUCCGAUCCGAAUGCAAACAGGCGUUCGCCGAACUCCAGACCGAUAUGACAGACCUGACCAACGACUUGGUGUCGAUGGGUAUACCGACACUCGACCACCGGACGUAUGUCAUGAAAGUGUUCUUCCCCGGUCUGUCCGAUCACCCCCUCUAUCAGUGCACUCGUAUCCGACAGAACGGCGCUUACAAUAUCUAUGAGUUAGCGAUGGCUCAGUUCGAGCAACUCCUCAACAAUAAGGCAUUCCUCUUGUCUUUCAUCAAUAGUCUUGAGAAUUCAAAGACAUUUAGCAUUAGAGACCGUGUAAACGUUGCCUCACUAUUGAUGAUAAUCCUUAUGGAGCGCAUGGAAUACGCGACGGAUGUGUUGCGGACACUGCUCUACCAAUUGGUGGACAAAAGUGUUUCGUCAAAACACCCGCAACUGAUGCUCCGGCGGACGGAAUCGGUGGUGGAGAAGAUGCUGACCAAUUGGUUGGCGCUCUCGAUGUACGACUACGUGCGAGAACAGGCCGGCUCUCAGCUGUUCCUACUCUUCUCGGCCAUCAAACGCCAGGUAGAGAAGGGACCCAUCGAUAACGUCACACAUGACGCCCGGUAUUCGCUAUCGGAGGAACGGCUACUUCGGGAGCACUACUCCGACUACGAGCAGAUCAUAAUCCAAGUGUUUCAGGAGAGCGAAAACGAGAAGAUCUUGUGUCGAGUGAACGAUUGCGAUAGCGUUAGUCAAGUGAAACACAAACUACUGGACGCUCUCUACAAGAAUACCCCGUUUUCGUUGCGGCCGUCCGUUCACGACGUGGACCUCGAGUGGAGACACGGAAGGGGCGGUCAUCUCAUACUUCAGGACGAAGAUCUCACCACCAAAUCAGAGCACGGAUGGCAACGCAUCAACACAUUGAGACACUACGGGGUGAAGAACUGGGCCCUCAUGUCACUAGUGAUGCGCCAGUCGUCCGAUAGUUACAUGUCGUGCGGCACCAGACACUCGCUGUCGCCCAUUAUCACCAAAAGCUCGCAUCCGUUCAUAACCAGCGAUUUGGAUACCGACCGGUAUUGGCAUCUAAUCAAACCCAACGACGACUCGAUGGAUACUAAAGACGCUCUCCUUCACAAAGCGAUUCCCGAGAUAUUCCUCACGAGACUCCUGUCCACCAAAGGCACGGUUCAGAAGUUUGUCGACGACUUCUUCCAGACAAUACUGUCGGCAAACGAAACACUUCCAGCGGCAGUCAAAUGGGUAUUUGAUUUGUUAGACUCGGCGGCCGCCAAACACCAGAUCACUGACCCGGAAGUGCUUCACGCCUGGAAAUCCAAUUGUCUUCCACUCAGAUUUUGGGUGAACUUCAUUAAGAAUCCAGACUUUAUACUCGAUGUGUGCAAAACACCGACACUCGACUCCAGCCUAUCGGUGAUCGCACAGACACUUAUGGACUCGUGCUCUAUGAGUGAACACCGAUUGGGAAAGGACUCGCCAUCGAAUAAGCUAUUAUUUGCCAAAGAUAUUCCUAAUUAUAAAGUGAUGGUCAAUCGAUUUUAUAACGAUGUCUCUCAUAUGCCGGUCGUAACCGACCAGGAGUUGAGUGCAGUCAUGCAAUGCCUGUCACUGACUCAUACGGGAGAGUUUGACACCGUAUGCGCCCUCAAAGAGCUGUUUGUCUAUUCACACAAAUAUAACGCUGAGAUCAUGGAUGCGCUACAAAGGGAUCCAAUGACACAACAAUCGGUCCAGAAGUUUGCAAAUCUUAUUAAUCAUAAGUUUUAGCGCUGUUUUUCACGACUACUAGUUUUUUGAGAACAAUUGUUUACUUGUGUCUCAAAAGGCAAAGCAGAAAAAUGAUUUUAUUCCUCACGAAAAAGACAUUUCCAUUCAAUUUGUUUUAUUUUUGAAUCAAUGAAACAAUACUUGAAAUGUUUUAUUGCUUUUAAUGAAU